AUUGUGAGUGCCUGAUCGAGCUGUGUCGCGCGGAUUUUCGCACGUUCGCGGGCCAAGAUUGCCAGCUUAGAGAUCUCCAGCGCAGGAAAUGAGUGACAAUUAGCGCUCGCUGAUCUCCUUCUGUGUGUAUUUUUCCACCGCGGCCGAGAGAUCUGCUCAAUUGAACGAUCACGAGUGAGGUGUUCUUCAGGUGUUCUGCGGCGACUGAGGAAGUUGAAAAAGAGGCUAGAGCACCAUUUAUUGACAGUGUGCAGACCAACGGUACUACGGCACUUAUAGACUGGAACAGCUGACGCAAAUUCGCCUCAGAUACGCCGAAUAGAUAUUACCAAAAUCGCUCCACAAUGACAUCCAGUGAUCCGGGAAUAGUGUGCUUCCAGCAUUGCGGACCGAAGGUCUUCUGCAUUCGCCUGCCUGAGCGAUGUCCGUCGUGCAGACGAGAUCUGUUGGAGGCCUCCUUCAAGCUCAUGCCCUUCCGGCUGCCCUUCCCAUUCAUCCGAGCGUCCCAGUAUCCAGGAGCUGUGGUCCUGAGACCCACCACUGGAGACUUUCUCAAUGAAUAUUACAACAGCAAGGACUUGCAUAUUGGAGUUACCACCUCAACUGGGGCGAUCGUGGAGUUUGAUCGCGGUGGCCUAAGGAGACACACCGAGAAGGGCAGUAAAAGUUCGUGGGCCCAGAGUUUACUGGUCGAGCAGAUUCCAGAAGCUUGGAUUGAUCAUUGGGACACUGUAUUACUCCAAACUUGCAAGAAGCCGAUGUGGUCUUCGGAGGAGUACAAGGAGGACUCCAACAACUGCUACACCUUCGUCCUGACCUUCUUGGAGGCUCUGGGGUAUGGCGAAUUGAGCAAGGCUGCCCAGAAUCGCACUCUCUUCUGUGAGAAAUACAUCGUGCCACGAACAACAGCGGCUGGCAAGUACAUUUCGCUGUACAGGAAGAUCCGUGAUCACGGGCUGUACAUCCACGCGGCACAGCCGAGCGGGAUCAGCCCCAACGCUCCACACGGAAUGGAGAAGCCAAACACCUUCGGCAUAGGCGGCAAAUUGUGUAGCAUCCGUGAGUGAUUGCUGAUUGCAGAGUCAACCUCCAAGGCAUUUAUUUAUUCUUCAGACAAAUAUUAGUUUUACGAUGUGUAAUUUAUUGUCUCCCCUGGCGAGGGUGCUUCCAACUCUGCCAUUGGGUGUAUUUUCAUGAAUAAGAGAUUCGGUGUGAAAAUUAUCUGACACUACUCGUCCAGCGUUGGAUCGAUAUACAGAGAGGAAAGUGUGGGUUUAUUACGUUGUACUCUUCUAAAUGUAACGUUCUCUCAACGAGGAACACUGAAUUAAGGGUGUGAUAAAUACAGUGGCUAAUAAAUU